GCUAUGGAGGGGUCCCACAGCCGGGGCAGCCCCCCCGCGCUAUGGGGGGUCCCACAGCCGGGACAGCCCCCCCGGGAGCCCCGCCGUGCGGCCCCGGCAGAGCCGUCGCUGAGCGCUGGCCCCGCUCCAGCCGGGGCGUUACAUAAAGCGGGGGAGGCUGCGCCGAGGCAGCGGGAGAUGCCGGGACAGGCAGCAGCAUCCCGGGGCUCGCAUCCCGCCCGGACGGCUGCGGAGCCCGGAGGGCGAUGAGGGCCGGGGGGCGAUGAAGGCCGGGCCGGGAGGGGGGGAGGUUGCCCGGCUCGGGCUGCUGCGGCCAGCGGAGCCGAGCGGAGGCGGCUCUGGGAUUUGGCACGUUUGCAAGGAGCACUCGAGAGCCCCGGGAUGGACGUGGAGGGCCCUGGGCGGUGACGUAAGGGCUCGCAGGGGCUCGGCUCGGCUCGCCAGCCGGCACUCAUGUCCCCCGAGCCUGCGGCGGCCCCGGCGGAGGCAGGCAGGGAGCCAGUAUGGACCAGCGAGCGGGGCCACCAGAGCCAAGACCUGCAGGACCCACCACGCAUCCACAGCCCAAGGAGGGGAUGCUGUGGGGGCUCCUCGCCAUCCUCUCGCUGCUGGCUGGGCUGGCUGCGGGCACCCUGCGAACGCCGCACUGCAAUGAGACGCUGGAUGUGGCUCCCACGCCGCGGGGCAUGGCCACUGCCAGCCCAGCUGUGGAGGACGGCGUGGAGGUACCACUCGCCGCUGCUUGGAGCCAGCUGUACGGGGACAAUGCGACGACAGGUGGCCCAAGCGCCACGGAGCUGGCAGAGGACCUGCUGCUGCGUGCCGAGCGCUCACCGCCGGGUGCCAGCAAAGCCAAGAAGGGGGCACGGAAACCCUCGCGGGGGGGCCGCGGGCGCAACUGCCACAUCCGCAACCUGAUGGUGAAGGUGCGCGACCUGGGACUGGGCUUCAACUCGGACGAGAUCGUGCUCUUCAAGUACUGCAGCGGGUCCUGCCAUCGGGCGCGCAGCAACUAUGACCUGACACUGGGCAGCCUGCUGCGGCAGCAGCUCAUCACCCCAGGGCCGCAGGAGCGGGUCCUCAGCCACCCCUGCUGCCGGCCCACCCGCUACGAAGCCGUCUCCUUCAUGGACGUGCAGAACACGUGGCAGACGGUGGAGAAGCUCUCGGCGGCCGAGUGCAGCUGCAUUGGCUGAGGAGGGGGCUGCAGGCUCAGCCCCAGCUCAAUGCACUCUGGCGCAUCUUGGCUUGUGGUACCCAGCAGCGCCGAUGCUCGGAGGAAAGGUCUGGCAGAGGCGGGUGCCCCUGGUUUUACAUGGCCAUGAGGGACCAAAGCAAGUUGGAGCCAUGAUGGAAGGUGGGCAGCUGAGUCGCAUCGCGCUCAUUGCUGCCAGCUACAUGGGGUCCUGCUUGGGUGGCACCCAGCUCAGCCUUGGGAGAGGAGUUGGAAGGAGUACGGAGCAUCCCUGCUGCUCACAGGGAUCUCCUGGUGUCCUCACCUGUGCCCCACCUGGACUGGUGCUGCCACACCCCUGCUUUAGAGGAGAUGGGGUGAGCAUCAGAGGGAGACAGAAAGGGGGCAAAACCCCCUGUCCCCUCGGGCACCCUGGGGCCGACAGUGGCCGGUGCUGCCCUGCAGGGAGAGGGCAGGGGUGCAGUGGGGCCGAACUGCGCCUGUGCAGGUUGGGGGACCCACACUUGGGCUGGCAACAGCCCCCGGUGCUCUGCAGGACAGCGGGGUACGGGCAUCUGCCAGGACCCCUGCCCAGCUGCCAGAGGGGUGGCAGGGUCCCCCUGCUGCUCCCGCAGUGCUGCACCACUAAACUAUUUAUUACUCUAAAUUAUUUAUUUAUUGUUCUUGAGCGGCAGCUCCUAUUUAUGACUUUGGGCCCCCGGGAGCCGGGUGUAAUUUAACCCCAGCGCUGCGGUGAAGCCCUGGGCAGCGCCCCGGCCCUGGUGCCCCGUGCCCCAGCCCCUUUUUUUCUAUUAUUUGUAAUAUUUGAGGGAUAAACUCUAUUUUUGUACAGUC